ACGAGAGGAGUAUCACAAAACGUGGUCGGAGAGACGAAUACGUGGUCCGUGUUACGUAGUGGACAUAAACCAAGUCUAGCGUGGGUGUCUUCUGCUUCUCAAGGAUUACGUAAUCUCGUCUCUUUCUUUUGCUUACGUCAGCUAUCUUGAAGAUCGCGGACGACGAAGACGAUGAACGAAAAGGAUCUUCCGUUUCGUCUCUAUCAGUCUUAUCUUUGGAUGAUUUAUCAAAGAAAAAUCAUCGAAUUUACGAUGCCAUGUGAUCGAUCCGUUUUGAAAAAUACAUUGAUACGUAUUUUCAGAGUUAUUAUAUUUUCCUGAAAAAUCUAGAUGAUCUUUCUUGUGAUCACGAUUGGAACGGCUAAGAUCGAGCAACGAAGGAACGAGUUCUUCCCUUCGAUCGAAGACGAUUUAUCUGAAGCUGAAUACUUCUUUAGCCAGAAAUUAGUUGGAGAACGGGCAUCGAUGUUAAAAGGAACGAACGACCGUGUGCCAAUAAAAUGAUACACGACUUGAUCUUUCGCGGAGUGUUUAACCGAUUUUAACCUCGUUGUGCAAGAACUACUCGUAUAUAAAGGAUUUUAUUGAGAAAUCUCGCUUUUGCAUUUGAUCUUUAUUGUAGUAAGAGAUCGGUUAAAGAGUAAACGUUACGACGAUCGAAGAUAUCGAUAUCUGAAUGGCGAGGUACGUUCGAAACGAUUAAUUCAAUCGAAGAUCGAACAGAGAAAAUUCGUCGGGAAAAUGGGUUUGCUUUUGUCGGUGCUCGUUGGUUGCGUUGGAGUCCUUGAAUUGUUAACGUGCCUUAAUCGAGUAUCCCAUCGUUCGAUCAUUUGGAUCGAUCCACCGACAACAUGUCUGUCUUAUCACGAUCGUCCUCAAGGUGGAUUCACCAUACAUGAUUCUUUAUGUGGUAUCGGUCAUUCGAGAGAUCUUGAUUUAUCCUCUGGCGCCAAGUACAAGUUGGAAAAUCUUCAUGAAUAUAGUUUGAGAAUACGAAGCGAACUUCGAUCCAAGGAUCGAACUUUCGAUGGCAAUACUCUCUCCGAUUGUAGCACUACGGAUCUUUUGGCUAGAUCGGAAUCAAAAAUUGAUCCCGAUUUCGAAAGUCUCUCGAGAGAGUUCGGUGAAUCUACUGAGAUUAUUACAUCUACGCUUGCAGAAAAAUCAGAAGAAUAUUUUAGAGUACCGACGCCGAUAUCGAUUAUUGCUACUACUCGAAAAUCGGAAUCGGAAUUGAGCAACGAAUCCGACAUAUCCUUCGACGAGGAUAUUUUGGAAAAGCGUGUAAAAACGAAAACGUUCGAUGUUUCGCCAGUUCGAGAUACAACAAGGUAUGAAGAAUCUCCCUUAUCUGGAAAUGAAUCCGAUUAUGAAGACACAUCGAUAUUAAAAAAAUUAAUUCAAAGGUCAAAAUCACCGGAUGUUUCCAAAAAAUUUGAUAGCAUAGAAUCGUCAAAAAUUGAUACGGAAGUCGAUAAAAAUCGACAAUUGUUAAAAAGAUCUAAAAUCAAGCCAUCGACGACAAUCGUUCGAAAAGCUACGAGAUUGAAAUCGAAGAACGCCGGGAUUAGCAAAUCCGCGGAAAAUCUUAGUACAAAGAAAUCUAAGAGACAACGCGAACCGGAGAGACGUAAAUCAGAUAUAUCUGUACAAACGUCACGUAAUAUUUUGAAAGACGAAUGGACGAACACGUCUCCUCCGGGAAGUCCAAGUUUAUCCAGAUCUGAAAGUAGGGCUAGUGUUUCUGUUCAAGUACAAACGAGUUUUGAGGAGGGACCAUUCGUUGAAAAACUCGAAACUGUGGAACUCCAAGUGGAGAAUCCUGCGUUGGGUUUAUCCGAAAGUAAACGAGACUUAUAUUCUCGUGAGAAACGUGCUAAAAGUUCUUUCAAACGUAGAAGAUUUCGAUCAGCUUCAACCGAGACUACAAGUACAGACGAUUGUGCCGAUCCUCAUGUCAUCGAAUAUGCCAUUGCUUCCGUGGAGAGGUCAUAUAAUCAGGAUCAUUCGAAUUCCUUGAAAAUAUCCACUUUUGAGGAAGCUAGUAGAAACGAUUAUGGGAGGGUCAGGGACAUCAUUUUUGAGACAGAGUCGACAACCCGAAACGAUGGAGGAAGGGAGAAGAAGGAACCAGUAUUAUUCUUCAAGUCGAUGUCCUCUUUCGAGGACGACGAGGAAUACGUCAGCGCGGAAGAUGUGAGUUCCAUCCACGGAAAAGGACACAUUGAAUACACCACACCUGACACCGAUCGGAACAAAGCUUUCUGGGAAACAAUCAUUCGAACUCGAAGUUUAUUGCUCUUUCUCGUCGUAACAAGUUUUGUACGUUCCGAUAAAAUUCGAUAAAGAUAGAGAAAGAUUCGAAGGAGUAAUAGUGAACGAAUCCGCGUGGGUGAACGAAGAUAUUGGUGAUGUGUGAAACAUUCCGACCCAAUUACCGUAUUUACUCCUUUUUCUAUUUUUCAACGUGAUUCUAUUUUCCGCCCACCUCGCCCCCAUCGAGUCGGGGAACCACCUGUUUGGCAAGUGAUCAAAACGUCGCUGGGGUCGACGAUGUUCUUCGAAACUUUCUUAACGAAAAAAUCUCGACGAAAUGAUCGUUAAAUUUAGAUGUUAUUCGUAUCUCUUUCAAUUCCGAUUCUCUGAUAAAUUUGUUUUUUUCCACGGUAGAAAUGAGCCAUUGAGAUCAAGGAAGAAGAAAAAGAAAAACAGAACGGACUAAUUUAAUAUACACACAUUCGUUUCUAAAUGUCUAAUGUCUACGUUGGUGAAUGAAAAUAUUUCUUCUUUCUCUUAUCUUUUUUUUAGUUUCAAAAAAUUAUAAAUGAAACCGUCAUAUUAUUUCGAUAGGUAUCGAUCCUUGUAAUUAAUUAUUACAGAUGUAAUUUCGAAAUUAAAGAGAACAACUAAAGAAAUCCAUUCUCCCAAAUAGACGAUUACGAUUUCGUAUAUUUUUCCAUUGAUACUUCUGUCGUGUAAACGCAAACCAGAUGCGUACAAGCAGUUUAUAGCAACGAAACGAAUCUCCCGUUUCGAAGUUAAAUCGACAGACACCAUUAGUUCGCGAGAUCUAUUUAGAAAGUUUUCUCGAUCGACGAGGAUAAAAAAUUUAAGAGUCAAAGUCAAAGACCUUAGAACGGAUUGAAAAGUUUGGAAUUGAUUUUCCUGUGAAAGAGUAAAAGAAAGAAGGA